GAGGACGGAGGCUGGGAAGAAGCCCAGACAGGGAAAGAGCCGGGCACCCAGAGUGCGCAGGCGCCCUCCGCUGCCCGGUGAUGGGCAUUUGCGCAGGCCCGUUGCCUCCCUUCUGUCCUCGGGUAGUCCGGAGAGGAACGACCCGCACCUGACAGCUUCUGCUUCCGGGUCGCCCCUUGGUAGCGGCUUCGGUAUCCAUUUCGACUUGGUGGUUCGUUUGGAGCAUGUGAACAUAUCCUGAGCCCUUGAUGAGUUCCAGUAUGUGGUAUAUUAUGCAGAGCAUUCAGAGCAAAUACUCUCUCUCAGAGCGCUUAAUUCGAACAAUCGCUGCCAUACGUUCCUUUCCCCAUGAUAAUGUAGAGGACCUGAUCAGAGGGGGAGCUGACGUGAAUUGUACUCAUGGCACACUGAAGCCACUGCACUGUGCCUGCAUGGUGUCAGAUGCUGACUGUGUGGAGUUACUCUUGGAAAAAGGAGCUGAGGUAAAUGCUCUAGAUGGCUACAACCGGACAGCUCUCCAUUACGCUGCUGAGAAAGAUGAAGCUUGUGUGGAAGUCCUGUUGGAAUAUGGUGCAAACCCCAAUGCAUUAGAUGGCAACAGGGAUACUCCACUUCACUGGGCAGCCUUUAAGAAUAAUGCCGAGUGUGUAAGGGCCCUCCUAGAAAGUGGUGCCUCUGUCAAUGCCUUGGAUUACAACAAUGACACACCACUCAGCUGGGCAGCCAUGAAGGGAAAUCUUGAGAGUGUUAGCAUACUCCUUGACUAUGGUGCAGAGGUCAGGGUCACCAACUUAAAGGGCCAGACACCUAUCUCCCGGUUGGUGGCUCUGUUGGUUAGGGGACUUGGAACAGAAAAAGAGGACUCUUGCUUUGAGCUCCUCCACAGAGCCGUCGGACACUUUGAAUUACGGAAAAAUGGCACUAUGCCUGGUGAGGUAGCCAGAGACCAGCAACUUUGUGAGAAACUGACUAUGCUGUGCUCUGCCCCAGGAACCCUAAAAACAUUGUCUCGAUAUGCUGUUCGACAUAGCUUGGGACUCCAGUAUCUGCCAGAUGCGGUAAAGGGCCUGCCAUUACCAGCAUCUUUGAAGGAAUACCUGUUACUUGUAGAAUAACUGAGGAAGAGUUUGGGCCAUCACACAGCAGUUCUACAUGAGGUUUGCCCUGCAGACCUAGCUCUCCUGUUCUGUCAUGAGAAACGGGAUGCAGAUGCUCAUGUCUGGUGCAUAGAUUUUGAAGCAACAUAUCACAGCAAUAACACCUUUGCCACCUCCCCUCUAAGCCAAACAAACAAAAAAAUCCCAUGCUUUUUUGUUUGCAGAAAGUGUGUAUUGCUUACUCAGCUUUUGAUAUUGCACCUUCUAAAAGAAAAGGUCUCCAUGUUCUCUCAUUUAGGAGACAUACAGCUGGAGUCAGCUGCACAGCUGGAUUUCUUUAGGAAAAUUAAAUGUAUUUAAAUAGUGUGUGUGACCUCCCUGCAGAGACGUUUGGUUACUAACCCUUUAGGAGCUUUUUAAUUGGUCAGUGGAGAUAUUCAGGGAAAAAACAGACGAGAUAACACUGUUGACAGUCUAAAGAGGAAAAUAUAACACAGCUUAAAUAGUGCAAGUUAAUAAUGACUUAACCGAAUGACAUACUAGCAUUGCCAUGUAGUUGAAGGGGGAACUUUCCUUUGGUUUCCGUCAUAAGAAACAAGCUGUCUUUUUCCCCCUCUGUAUCUGAGUGGAAUAGUGGUACAGCUGAAUGAACUUAGCUGCUCUCCAGUGGAAAGAAAAUAGUUAUCUCUGCAGUCCUGAGAAUGCUAGUUUUUCAAAUGUAGUUCUCAGACCUUCUCCAAUGAGGUGUUCUAAGCACCAAGAAACCAUCAUCCCUGUCCUUUAAACCUUUUAGUGUUUGAUUCUAGAAGGGAAGAGUAUAAGCUAGGCUGCUUUCCUCCAAGGUCAAGUUCAUAGUCUCCCUAUAGAAUACUCUACUAAAUGUUUGGAAUUGUUUUCCUUUCUUAUUGUUAUUUAAGUUGUGCUUUGUAUUAAUUGACAUUUUAGUCAUUUCAGGCUGUGUGUAUGUAUGUGCUGGUAGUGGGGAGAUGCUGUAUAGAAAACUGCCUGGAAAAAUGUGGUUUGGGUUAACAGUACUUUUCAUUUCCAUAUUCCUGCCCUUUCAGUCAAGUUGUCACUGACCUGAGAAGCCGUAAUCUGAGUAAUACUUGACCAAAACAAAACAAAAAACUGUAUCGUGUGGGGAGGGGAAGGAAAAGAGUGGGAGAAAGCCAUAUGCAAAAUAGGAAUGGAAUCUGUUGAAGUAACUUGAAAAUAAGUGAGGAAAAAGGCAGUGUGGUAUAUUGAAUAAAGAGCAGACUUUGAAUUCA